CUCUUCAGUGGAAGUGAUCACGUCUCCCAGAGCUUCUGCAGCUCCACUGAGAAAAAAAGAAAAAUGUAUCGUCAGAUAUUGUACCUGUUUGGAAUCAUUACAGUGACUGGUUUCACUGAAGCCACUCCCAUAAAAGGGCAAAAUCUGGCUCUCCGUGGAAAAGCCACUCAGUCAGACUUAGUCGAAUACCCUUAUACAGGACAUGGUCACGCCUACAACGCUAUAGAUGGAAAUACAGAUCCAAACUACUACCAUGGGUCGUGUUCCUCGACUGACUGGCAGCAGAACCCUUGGUGGAGGGUCGACCUGCUGGACGAGUACACGAUAACCUCCAUCGUCAUCACUAAUCGAGGAGACAGCUGUUCAGAGCUCAUCAAUGGAGCUGAGGUUCAUGUAGGAAACUCUUUAAUCAACAACGGAAACAGCAACCUACGGGUUGGGGUAAUCACUUCCAUUCCCCCAGGAAGAUCCCACACAUUCACCUGGGACAAAGGAGUCUCAGGACGUUACGUCAACGUGAUCAUACCUGGAAAUAAACGAAUGCUCAUACUGUGCGAGGUUGAAGUAUAUGGGUAUCCCACUCCACAUGGACAGAAUGCGGCAGUGCAGGGAACAGCUACGCAGUCCAGCCUUUAUGGAUAUUUCCUUGCAUCUGGUGCCAUUGAUGGAAACCGAAAUGGACCGGGCUCCUGCUCAUUCACUAACUAUGACCUCAGCCCCUGGUGGAGAGUCGACCUUCUGAAACGACACAAGGUUUUCUCCGUCAGCGUCACCAACUCUCAGGACGUCUACGCUUCAAGACUGAAAGGAGCUGAAAUCAGAAUCGGAGACAAUCUAGAGGACAAUGGAAACAACAACCCGAGGUGUGGUGUGAUCGAGUCCACUGGUUCUCCAACUGUGACCUUCCAGUGUAACGGGAUGGAGGGACGCUACGUGAACGUGGUGAUUUCCGGACGGAGGGAGUAUCUCACGCUGUGUGAGGUGGAGGUGUAUGGAGUUCCUCUGAUCUGAUUAAACUCUUCAUCCUCCGUCAGCUGGAAGCCACGAUUGCUCUUUAACUGGAUGCAAUAAAAUUAAAUGAAAUGUCAUCGUUGAUCAACUGAUCUUUAUUCGGAAUGGAUUGUAAACGCAGAAGACAAAAUUUUAAUAAUACCUACAUUUUAAUACUGAUAUAAAUCUAUGAUUAUUGA